GACGUCAGCAGACUGAUCAGCUGUUUGAGCCAAGACAGCGACAGUUGACUGAGGAGUUUGCCCGCAGUGCCCUGCUGUCAAAACGAGCUUAUACAUAUACUCUUGCACCGUGUGCGGUCUGUUGAAUUUGACUUCGUCGUUUGAAUUAGACUUUAGAUCAUAUCAUCUACUGUCGAUAUUACAUAAGACAACAGUUUCGUUGGUUAUAACUUACAGCUGAAGUAGUCCAGUUUCUCUGAUGUCGUUGCUAUCGAUGCUGAAGGUGCGAGAGAGAAUUUUAUAACGGGAAUCGUAAGAACCGUGAGGUUUUCUGUAAAAAAUGUCAACAGCGGUGCUCUAUACAAAGGGUGCAAAAGUAUGGCUUCCUGAUGCAACGGAUGUCUGGAAAAUAGGAGAAAUUCUGGAGGAUUUCAAAUCAGACUCUCUAAAGCUGCUACUAGACACAACAGAAACAAUUGAACUCAAUGUAAAAGAAAGCAAAGAUCUGCCACCACUUAGAAAUCCAGAAUUUUUAAUUGGUGGAAAUGACCUCACGUCACUUUCAUAUCUGCACGAACCCGCUGUCUUGCAUACGCUGAAAGUUCGUUUUAUGAACUAUAAUGCGAUCUACACGUAUUGCGGAAUUGUUUUGGUCGCAAUUAAUCCUUACCAAGAGCUGUCGAUCUACAGCCAAGAUACUGUGUUGGCGUACAGAAACAGAAACCAGUAUGGAAGUCUGGAUCCUCACAUCUUCGCUGUGGCUGAAGAGGCAUUCACUAAAAUGGAAAGGGAAAGCCAGGACCAAUCCAUCAUCGUUUCGGGUGAAUCGGGUGCAGGGAAGACGGUGUCCGCCAAGUACGCCAUGCGCUAUUUCGCUACAGCUGGAGGAUCAGCUACUGAGACGCAAGUGGAGCGUAAAGUUUUAGCUUCCAGUCCCAUCAUGGAGGCCAUUGGCAACGCAAAAACCACGAGAAACGACAACAGUUCGCGAUUCGGAAAAUACAUUGAACUAGGUUUCAAUAAAGACUAUCACAUCCAAGGUGCAGGCAUGCGCACUUACUUGCUGGAGAAAUCGCGUGUGGUUUUCCAAUCAGCCGAGGAACGCAACUAUCACAUCUUUUACCAGCUAUGUGCGGCUUCCUCGUUACCUGAAAUGGCGUACCUACAAUUGCAGCACCAAGACCAUUUCUCAUACACUCGAAAAGGUAACUGCCCCACAAUCGACGGUGUUGAUGACCUGGCCGAGUUUCAAGAGACCCGUCGCGCUUUGACGCUUCUCGGAUUCAGUGAAGACCAACAGGCGGAUAUGUUUCGAAUAUUUGCGGGCCUUUUACAUCUGGGUAACGUCACGAUUGUCGACGCCGAUCACGAAGGAAGCAACGUUCCAAAAGCCGACACUUAUCUGGCCUCGUUUUGUUCAUUGAUGGGACUUGACGUAGCUUCAAGUGAAGAACUUCGAAAGUGGCUAUGCUUUCGCCAAAUUGUUAGCAUGAAAGAAGUCUUCACUAAACCGAUGACCAAAGCAGAAGCUUCCUUUGCGCGGGACGCAUUGGCCAAGCAUAUUUACUCGCUUUUGUUUCAGAAAAUUGUUACCAUGAUUAACAAAUCACUUGCCAGUUCCAGCCGGCCUCACCGCUUCAUUGGUGUUCUUGAUAUUUACGGUUUCGAGACAUUUGAGUGGAACAGUUUUGAACAAUUUUGCAUUAACUAUGCAAACGAAAAAUUGCAGCAGCAGUUCAAUCAACAUGUUUUCAAGCUGGAACAAGAAGAGUACGUCCGAGAGAAGAUCGAUUGGACCUUUAUCGAUUUUUACGAUAAUCAGCCGUGUAUUGACUUGAUUGAGAAACCGUUGGGCAUCCUGGAUUUGCUAGAUGAAGAAUGUCGAGUACCCAAAGGAGCUGACAACGCUUGGGUUGAAAAGCUUUACACCCAAUGCAAAAAGUAUGAACAAUUCGUGAAACCUCGACUAUCCAACACGGGCUUCAUUAUCGUCCAUUUCGCGGAUCGCGUCGAGUAUCAGUGUGCGGGCUUUGUCGAAAAAAAUCGUGAUACGGUUCUAGAAGAACAAGUGCAAAUUCUACGUAGCAGCUCGAAUGGAAUUGUCCGGCAGCUAAUUUUGGACGAAGAGUCGAUUGUUGGUGCUCGUUCUCCUGCUGCAGCAGCUGCGGGAUCGCGUAGUGUUGUCGGUACCGUUCCUCGAGGAGGUGGCAGCUUGUUAGUCCCUGGAGGUGGCGCAGGCCGACAGACCAACACCAUGACAAAACAGAAUCGUCGAACAGUUGGUUCGCAAUUUAGGGAAUCACUAACUCUUCUUAUGAAUACGUUAAAUGCUACAACCCCGCACUAUGUUCGAUGUAUCAAGCCCAACGAUUCCAAAGAAUCCUUCGUUUUCGAACCUCGCCGAGCAGUCCAGCAGCUUCGCGCUUGUGGGGUCUUGGAGACCGUACGAAUCAGUGCUGCUGGAUUUCCGUCACGACUAACGUAUGAAGAAUUCAUCGUCCGUUAUCGAGUCCUGUUUCAUAGCCGGCAAUGUCAGCGGAAGCUGCGAGAUUUGUCUGUUCAGCGAGAAUCUUGUGAGACAGUCCUCGCUACUCUUAUAACCGAAGAAGACAAGUUCAAGUUUGGAGCAAGCAAAAUUUUCUUCCGUGCCGGUCAAGUUGCAUACUUGGAGAAGCGCCGUACAGACAAAUUAAGAGCUUGCGGAAUUCUCAUUCAGCGGAUGAUUCGUGGCUGGUUCUACCGAAAGCGCUACGUUAAGUUGCGACUGGCAGUUGUUGGCGUCCAGCGAUUUUGUCGCGGUUACUUGGCUCGUUGUAAAGCUCAGCGCUUGAGAGAAACAAGAUCAGCCAUCGUUAUUCAGAAACACGUCCGAGGAUUUCUUAAGCGACGUUCUUAUACCCGACUCCGUGAGAACGUACUCCGUCUGCAGACGUAUGGCCGUGGAUUCCUGGCUCGCAAGAGAUACCUGCAAUUGGUGUGCAAUGCCAAGGCAGUUAUGAUUCAAAAGAUGGUUCGCGGUUUCUUAGCCAGACGACGUUAUCUUCGUGCACGUAAGAGCAUCGUCCUGUUGCAGUGCUGCUGGCGUCGUUGGUUGGCCCGUCGUCAAUACAAAGCUCUUCGUUUGGAGGCCCGAUCUAUCGAGCACGUCAAAAAUCUUAAUAAAGGCUUGGAAAAUAAGAUUAUAUCCAUGCAACAAAGAAUUGAAGAGAUGAACAAAGAGCUGAUACCUCUUCGACAAAAGCAAAAUGAUUAUGCCGAAUUGAAGACCCAGUGUGAAGCAAACCGCGGAUUAGCCAAUGAGUUAAAAGUUUCUGUUGGGCGGAUAGGUGAACUGGAACUCAUGGUAAAACAAUUGCAGACCCAAUUGGAUCGUGAGAGAGAUGAAAAGAUGGAUCUCGUACAAGAUCGCGAGAGGGUUGAAAAGCAAAAUGAAGAGUUAAACGCUCAAAUCGAAAAUAUUCAAAAAGAGCUCGUUGAGUCGACUGAAAUCAACCAAACCCGCAGUCAGGAAGCCGAAGAAUCCAUCCUACGAAGACUGGACCAAGAACGAGCUAUGCUGGCUCAAGAAUACGAUCAAGAAAGAGCAGCCUACCAGAAGUUGCUUCAGGACUACCACGAGCUGGAGGAGCGGUUUGAAGAAGCUGAAAGAGAACUUGAACGCCUUCAUGAGGAACCAGGGAAAAGCAGCAAGAGUGAAACUAUUCGUGGUCAUUCUCGCAACGCUUCGAACGUGAGUACGCUCAGCAAUACCAGUGAAUUGAUCGCAGAUCCUGAAGAUGAUGGUGGUUAUGGAUCUGUUCGUCAUGUUCCUAAUCGGUCGGACAGCGAAGAUGUUGGUCUGGUCCUCAAGCUACAACAGCGGUUGAAGACUGUUGAAAAAGACAAGGCAUCAUUGGCGACUAGGGUUGAAGAGUUGGAGCGCGAAAGUCCGACUGCCGAUGUCAGGAGAGCUCAGGACAUGAUACGCUUGCAAGAGCUCGAAAUGGAAAACGCCAAGAUCAAAGAUGACCUGAAGAAUCUUCGUCGUCAAGCUGCAACAGAGAAUGAGGUUCAAUUGCCCCGCAGUCUGGAUAUGCUGAUGAGCCAAUUCGAUGCCAUGUCCGACGAGCUCGAUCGACGACGAGAGGAAUGUAUUCAGCUGCGGACCGUGUUGGCUAACACGACUCUUGGAGGUGACAUUGGUGAGCAAACUACACUGAACGCAUCGCGUCUAAACGGAGGAGAGCCGUUUGCUGAAGACAACGAGAUUUUGAUGGCUUUUGAAUCUCAAAAGCGUAUCAUACGGCAUCUAGAAAAUGAAUUACAGGAAGAGAAAGCCUCGUCUCAGCGGAAGAUUCAGAUUGAAAGAGAAGAAGUCGAACGUCUGCGAUUGGAUAAUGAACAGCAGGCAAAGCUUCUUGCCGGGGCCUUACAUCGGACGCCACAAGGACAAACCGAUGCUGUCAUACAGCAUGAAAUUUCUCGACUCACGGCUGACAAUUUGGAUCUCCAGGAAAAGAAUGAUUUGCUAUCCGAGCAACUCAAAAAGUACAGAUCGCAGAUGAAAUUGGCGAAAAAGGUGAAGCAAGAGGGUGUACCUGCCGAAAAUCAGGAAGCCAGCCCUGAAGUGCGUGAAACAGUGCAUUCGAGUCGCAGGAACGAAAGAAGCGAAUCAUCGCUGCCGGUUGUUCGUAAAAAGGAAACGAAUUAUCUUGGGAUGUUUGAUUUUAACAUGGGCGACGAAAAGCAGAUCGCCAGGAAUCUCGUCUACGAAUUGAAACCACGCGUUGCGUCAACUCUGUUACCCGGUCUUCCGGCAUACAUCAUUUUUAUGUGUGUCCGACACGCAGAUUACAUCAACAGUGACGAUAAAAUCAGAUCUUUCUUAACUCUGAUUAUUAACGCUAUUCGUCGACUCAUUAAGAAACGCUAUGAGGAUCUGGACACUUCAGUUGUCUGGUUAGUCAACACGUGCAGACUUUUACACAGUCUAAAGCAGUACAGUGGAGAAAAGACAUUCCAAGAGGAAAAUACUCCGAAACAAAAUGAACAAUGUUUGAGGAAUUUUGAUUUGUCAGAAUACCGACAAGUUCUUAGUGAUAUCGCUGUUUGGAUUUAUCAGGCGGUAAUCAAAUUUAUGGAAGAGCGUGUUCAGCAGCUUAUUGUCACUGCAGUGUUGGAACAUGAAGCCAUCUCUGGACUUUCUAGUCAUAAGCAACCAGUAGGACAGAGCGGCCGAGCGAGAUCGGGGUCAACGAGGGAUACCACAAGUCCUGUUGAUCCACAAGAAGCGAUCGCACAUUUGUUGCGCGAGUUAACCAUUUUCCACCAAGUGUUGCAGUUAUAUGGCGUAGAUCCGACGCUUAUCGCCCAAGCUUUCCGCCAGGUGUUCUAUUACAUUUGUGCCUGUGCAUUGAACAACCUCCUAUUGCGUAAAGAAAUGUGUCACUGGUCGAAAGGCAUUCAGAUUCGGUACAAUAUUUCCCAUCUGGAACAAUGGGUGCGUGACCAGCACAUUCAUGGACAGGACAGUAUGAGUGCUACUAUCGUAGAUACCCUGCAGCCUAUUAUCCAAGCCGCACAGUUGUUACAAGCCAGAAAAUCCGACGACGACGUCAGUAACAUUUGCACGAUGUGUUCCCGGUUAACCAGCGCUCAGAUCAUCAAAAUUCUGAAUCUGUACACGCCAGCCGAUGAAUUGGAAGAUCGAAUUCCGAUUUCUUUUAUCCGCAAAGUGCAGGAAGAGCUGCAAAAACGAACCGACCACCAAUCACAGAGCAAAUUGCUAAUGGAUACCAAACACGCAUUUACGGUGCGUUUUCCGUAUAGCCCAUCUUCAAUCAAACUAGAAGACAUAGACAUUCCUGCCGUUUUAAAUCUACCAAUGCUGAAGAAGGUUUAAGAUCAUUUAUCCCAUGCAGAUGUGUGUUAUAUUCUUAUCGAAGCAUUCCGUUGGUGUGUGUUAAGUAUUGAGGAACGAAAUGUGUUUGGCUGCAAACGUCUCGAAGCUAACUGCGGCCAUUUGUUCUAUUUCAAAUAAGAAGAAAUGCGUUAUCAUUGAUACUAAGUACAAGAACAAACUGCAAUGUUGCUUAAGAGAAGAACAAUGAUCUGCCAAAGAUUUCUGUUAGUGACCUGCUUUGGACUCACGAUCUCUGCGAAAACAGAGACCAAUAUAUUUAUACUUACAAACGUAAUUUUCGAUGCUUGUAGGAUAUGCCUGCAGCUAUGGCCCAAGGUCGAUCUAUUGUUUGUUUCUUUUUUUUCAUUUCUUAUGUUCAUUAUUAAAAAAGUCCAAAGAUGCUGUUCCGUUUCCGUAGUUCAUGCACUAUUUCCGUUCUGUUAGGCAGUUUGCGGGAAUCCCCGUUUUCAAAAUCAUUCAGCCGUUUCAUUGUUGUGUUGAUUUAUUUAAUCGAAUACAGAUUUGUGAUUGCGAUAA